GGGAGGUGCCGGCGCUGGUGUGGGCUGGAAGGGUGCGGGAAGCCGAGCGCGGUGCGAGGCGGUGGCGGCCUGGAUCAGCGGCUCCCGGGCGGGUAUUUGGAGAGGUGCAUGGACCCCAGGAGGUAUAAGCGGGAGGGGCUGUAAGUCGGAUCCUGGCCUCCCCCUCCCCCCGGCGGAGGCCCAUCCUCCCCGGGACCGCCCCAGGGAGACGGGAGGAGUGCCGGUUUCCGCUCAGCAGUGCCUCGGAGGGGCAGGAAGCCGCCUUGUCUCCGGGAACCCCCUCGAAGCCCCGCCCCGCGCACCGCCCUCCGUGCGUUCGGCUCGCGCUCCGGUGCGGCGGGGGGCGCGGACGGACAUGUCGGGUCCGCGCGCAGGCUUCUACCGGCAGGAGCUGAACAAGACCGUGUGGGAGGUGCCGCAGCGGCUACAGGGGCUGCGCCCGGUGGGCUCGGGCGCCUACGGUUCCGUCUGCUCGGCCUACGACGCGCGGCUGCGCCAGAAGGUGGCGGUGAAGAAGCUGUCGCGCCCCUUCCAGUCACUGAUCCACGCUCGGAGGACGUACCGGGAGCUGCGGCUGCUCAAACACCUGAAGCACGAGAAUGUCAUCGGGUUGCUGGACGUCUUCACUCCCGCCACCUCCAUCGAGGACUUCAGCGAAGUGUACCUGGUGACCACCCUGAUGGGAGCCGACCUGAAUAACAUCGUCAAGUGCCAGGCGCUGAGCGACGAGCAUGUUCAGUUCCUCGUGUACCAGCUGCUGCGCGGGCUGAAGUACAUCCACUCAGCGGGGAUCAUCCACCGGGUAGGUGCCGCGGGUGAGGGUCGGGCCCCUGCAGGACCCGCGCUGCGCUUGCUGCGCUCACAGCCCGCCGUCCUGCAGGACCUGAAGCCCAGCAACGUGGCAGUGAACGAGGACUGCGAGCUCAGGAUCCUGGACUUCGGGCUGGCGCGCCAGGCUGACGAGGAGAUGACCGGCUACGUGGCCACGCGCUGGUACCGCGCACCUGAGAUCAUGCUCAACUGGAUGCACUACAACCAGACGGCAGUGGACAUCUGGUCUGUGGGCUGCAUCAUGGCUGAGCUGCUCCAAGGAAAAGCCCUUUUCCCAGGAAAUGACUACAUCGACCAGCUGAAGCGUAUCAUGGAAGUGGUGGGCACACCGAGCCCUGAGGUUCUGGCAAAGAUAUCCUCCGAACAUGCCCGGACAUACAUCCAGUCCCUGCCCCCCAUGCCCCAGAAGGACCUCAGGAGCAUCUUCUGUGGAGCCAACCCCCUGGCUGUGGACCUCCUGGGAAGGAUGCUGGUGCUGGACAGUGACCAGAGGGUCAGUGCAGCCGAUGCCCUGGCCCACGCCUACUUCAGCCAGUACCAUGACCCGGAUGAUGAGCCCGAGGCCGAGCCCUACGAUGAAAGCGUUGAAGCAAAGGACCGCACUGUGGAGGAGUGGAAGGAGCUCACCUACCAGGAAGUCCUCAGCUUUAAGCCCCCAGAGCCACCACAGCAGCCGUCUGGCAGUCUGGAGAUUGAGCAGUGACAGGAACACUGCCGGCCAGCCACACUGGAACUCAAGGAGGGGACUGCACCUGCCUGCCCCCCUUCCUCAGCCUGCCGGGUUCCCACAGGGGUGCCUCCCAGCACCACUGUGGCUGGCAGCCUUGACCCGUGGCCUGGGACCCCUGGUCAGCACGAUGCUCCAGGUGGGAUGCUGCAUGUGUGCCAGCCGUGGGUGCAGGAGUCUGGGCCGAGCAUGCCGGCCCUCCUUGGUCCUCCUGCCCCCUCCCUUGGAGCCUCACUGUGGGGGGGCCUGGAUGCCUAGGGAAUCCCCCUGGGGAGUGUGUCUGUCUCCAGGUCUCCUCAGUCCGUGGGUUACCUUUAGGGGGUGGUGCAUUGGAGUCAGGGUACUCUGAAGACUCAAAAGAGGAGGGGUCUCAGUGGUCAGAGCUGCUCAGCCUGGGAAAUGCUGAGAUCCAAAGCCGUCGUUGCUGGGCAGGGUCUCCCCUGGAGGGUGUCAGGGCAGGGACAGCCACCAAGUGUCGAAUCAGAAAAUCCGCCUGGAGUCGUGUUUCCCUGUGCUGUGUGGUACAAAUGCACUAAUGUGUGUCCUGGUAUUUACAUGUCAAGGUGUGUGCAGGCAUGUGUGAGUCUGUGGGUGCCUGAGGGCUAGUGGCCAUGACCAGCUGGAGGCUCAAGUUGGGGUGGCUAUAUUUGCCUCCCCCCAGUUUCUGAUGUCAUGGGGGAUUUGCUGAGAUCCUGCUGUGCACCCUGUGAGGGGCUCAGGUGAGCAAGGUGCAGCCAUGCUAGCAAAAGCUGGGGCGUUCUCCUUGAGUUUCUGAGGCAUGAGGGCACGGUGCCAGCUGGGGAGCUAGCGAGCACGGGAGGGGCCGGGGGGACGCUAAGGGGGCUGGCACACAUCGAGGUGGACCUGGACUCGGACCCUGGACCUUGGCCCAGAGCUGAUGAAGACACCUCUGCCUGUUCUCAGAGCUGAGGUGCUCUGGUCUGCGGGUCGGCCCUCAUCCUUCCCGCCAGAAUGGAGCUGACCUAGUCACCUCUGGGACAGGACCCUGCUCCAAACGCAUUGGGGCUGUGGGUCCUCCCUCGAGGGACUUCUGUGUCAGAUGGUGCUGUCAGGUGGUGACCUCGCAGGACCCAGGGAGGUCUGAGUGUCAAGGGCACGCACCAGGCUCUCGCAAUAAAGGAAGUUCCCCCUCGUUCA